AUGGUCGAAGACGAAUUCUACGCCGUGGCCCAAUCUUUUACGCAACAUCUUCACUACGCAGAAUACGCGAAGCGAAAGAAGGAGGUCAAAUUACAAAAUGCUGCGGCGAUCCAAAACCUAGCCAGGCCGACCGAUGGGGUAACGCCUGUUAGCGACGUUACGAGACGGAGAGAUGCUGCUGAUGCACUUUCUGCACGCCAGAAGGCUGAGCUUGAGCGGAUACAGAGUAAGCGGCCGCAGGUGGAUUCCGAAGAAGAGAAUGAAGAGGCUGAGGAUGAAAUGUGGGCGGGAACAUCACUGCAUGGUCUGAUGAUGAGUCCUAGGAAGACAAGGUCAUUGGUAGGUAUGCAGGGGAUCAAAUCAUCGACGAGGGCCGCGGCAGGAUUUUCACAGUCAUCUAGCACGGGUAGGGAUUCAGGAGCAAUUAACAGUUCGCCACCAAGGAUGUAUGAAGCAGCCAUAAGUAUUGAUGUUGAUGAAACAGCUUCGGAAGACGAUGACCUAGAUCUACAACACGAAACACCGAGGCCUACUCAGAAAGCACGUCCCAUUGGUUCUAAUUCAAUGUCGUCGAAUUCUCGACAUAGCCCUUUGGCUUCGACAGAGGACUGGGGGAGAAAAGUGCAGUCUAUCAGUGCUAGAUACAAGACACCAACCGAUACCCAAUCCAAGAGGAGAUUGCUUUUUGAUGAUGAUUUUGAUGAGCUGCCAGAGCUACAAAAUUCAGAUGUACAAGUACAGGGUCGAAGUUCUUCACCGUCUAUCAGGAAAAUCCGACAGGAAAACCCACCCCGUGGGAACAAUCCGCAGUCGAAGAAAUCGCGUCUCAACGAAGUUCCAACUUUCCUGCUUUGA